AUAAAUCCGAAGAGGUUUCACCUUAAAAUUAGGACUUCUCAUCAGCACCCAUGGGAACACGCUUCCAAGAACUUCCAUCUCUCACUCAAGACCUUAAGGUCACCCUACAAUGUUCUUCCACAGUCUUUCCAUUAGAAGAAACUGAGAGUAGGUCUUUGUUCCUUUCAAACAUAGAUCAAGUUCUCAAUUUCAAUGUAGAGACUAUCCAUUUCUUUCCGGCCAACCCCGAUUUCCCACCGGAAGUUGUUGCCGAGAAAAUCAAGGCCGCCUUUCAAAAAGCUCUUAUUCCAUAUGAUUUCUUGGCCGGAAGGUUGAGGUUGGACCCCCAUAAGGGUCGUCUGGUGAUUGACUGCAAUGCUGCCGGAGCUGGCUUUAAAGUGGCCAGGAGUGAAGUGUCAUUGGCUGAUAUCGGAGACUUGGUGUAUCCUAACCCAGCUUUUGAGCAGCUGAUUAUGGGGAGUUCGGAUAACUUGGAGCCACAUAACCAGCCCCUUUGUUUUCUUCAGGUAACAUCCUUCAAAUGCGGCGGACUCGCACUGGGUAUAUCCACCAAUCAUGUAACAUUUGAUGGCAUCAGCUUCAAACACUUCUUAGAAAAUCUUGCUUCUCUUGCUGCUGACAAAGCCCUAGCUAUUACUCCAUGCAAUAAUCGUCAACUUUUAACCGCUAGAUCUCCACCACGUGUCAUGUUCCCCCAUCCUGAGCUAGUAAAGUUUGAAAUUCCCCCACAAGGAGAAGAGUCUUAUGCCACCACACUAUUUGAAGCCAUAGCUGAGGACCUUGAGUUCAAGGUUUUCCGGCUAAGGCCUGAUGACAUUUCAGGCCUAAAGGAGAAAGCUAAGCUUGGUGGAUCAAACAACAAUGGUACUAGCACCCGUAUCAGCAUCAGCAGCUUCAAUGUUGUAACAGCCCAUGUAUGGCGUUGCAGGGCCCUUGCAGGGGACAUUGGAGGAGACCAAGAAAAGAAGACUUCCACUCUCCUUUAUGCGGUUGAUAUCCGGUCGAGACUUAGUCCUCCACUUCCUCCAUCUUAUGCUGGAAAUGGUGUCGUAGUCACAUAUGCUAGGGCAACCGUAGGUGAACUCAAAGGUGCUUCAUUCCCUAGCAUAGUGGAGAUGGUCUCAGAGGGAGCCGCAAGAAUGACUGAUGAGUACAUUAGGUCUAUUAUUGACUGUGGAGAAGUGAGUAAGAGGUUCCCACAUGGUGAUCUCCUCAUUUCAUCAUGGUGGAAAUUAGGAUUUUCUAGAGUGGAGUACCCUUGGGGAAGGCCCAAGUACAGUUGUCCUGUGGUGCGGCACAGAAAGAACAUUAUUGUUUUCUUUCCAGACAUUGAAGAGACUGACAGUGGUGAUGGAGUUAACAUUUUGGUGGCGCUUCCCUUCAAGGAAAUGGAGAAGUUCCAAGCCCUCUUCAACAACUUCCUCGCAUGACCUCUCUCUCUCUCUCUCUCUAUAUAUAUAUAUAUAUACAUGGGAUGUUAUGUCUGAGAAGGUUGGGCCAGGAGUAUAUAUACAAUGGGUUGGAUUGCAUGUCAUUUUUACUUUUAUCUGUUUUUAUUUGAUUAUAGAUUUUCUUGUUGAUGCAAGCAAUGUUGGGAAAACAUAGAAAAAGAAAAAAGCACACGAACAUUGAAUUCUUGUAAUUUACAAUAGAUUUUCUUUUGGUAUAAGAUUAGAUCUAUUUUCACUU